GACGCGACCCAGACAGACCUCAGCCCGGGGGCCCAGCCGUGAGAGCCUUGUCACGAUUGGCUGAGAGCCUCCAGCCCUUUGAGACUGGAGGCCCUAUUGGCUGGAGCUUGGCUAGACAUUCACGCGCACGAUGUCUACCCUCUUUUGUUAUUGUACCGAGCGCAAGGAGAAGCUUCGGGGAGCAAGCAGGAUGCACGAGCGGAGACACCAAGGCUGAGAGUAAGAUAACGACAAGGAUAGAAACAGAUAGGCGUGAGGGGAGGAGGAUUCGGAAUCCAACCUAUUUUAGUGUACCAUUUUCACUCCUUCUCUUCUAUCCCCCCAAUACUCCGGCUAAUGUGGACUGAUUCAGACCUGGGGCACCAUGCAGCUGAAAUUUCUGGCCUAUCGCUGACGUUGACUGAUCAACUGACCACAAGCAUCAUGUCAGUGAACCCCCCCAGCAGCAACGACGCCUGCCUGAGCAUCGUGCACAGCCUCAUGUGCCACCGGCAGGGUGGGGAGAACGAGGGCUUCGCCAAGCGUGCCAUCGAGAGCCUGGUCAAGAAGCUGAAGGAGAAGAAGGAUGAGUUGGACUCGCUCAUCACUGCCAUCACCACCAACGGAGUGCACCCCAGCAAGUGUGUCACCAUUCAGAGGACCCUGGAUGGGCGUCUACAGGUCGCAGGGAGGAAAGGUUUCCCCCAUGUUAUUUAUGCCCGGCUAUGGCGUUGGCCAGACCUCCACAAGAAUGAGCUCAAGCAUGUUAAGUUCUGUCAGUACGCCUUUGAUCUCAAAUAUGAUAAUGUCUGUGUGAACCCCUACCACUAUGAGCGAGUGGUCUCUCCUGGCAUCGUUGGUCUGAGUCUCCAGAAUACAGCCCCUUCAGGCAGGUUGAUUAAAGAGGAGUACAUCCAUGACUGUAUUCAGAUGGACCUCCCUCCAGGCAUGUCCCCGUCAGACCAUCCGGGGCCACUGAAGCUGCCCCCUCCAGAGCACUAUGGUCAGCCUCUACCACCACUGCAGCUGCCUCCUGAACCGUCGUGUGGCCCCCCAUCUGUCACUCUAUACCCAAACAUGUCCCUCUCGCCUACAGUAUCUGGCUCGGGUUCCAUGCUGUCCCUACAGGGAGGUCAUGGGGAGGGUCUGUUGCAGAUUGCCUCACCACAGCGUCAGGUCGUGACACCAAUGACCUCUAUGACUCCAACGCCGUCACCAUCCACUCCUACACAAGGGGCAACUCAGCCACCUCUGCAACCUCCGCCCCAGCCGGGACAGAACGGCUACAAUAGCUCCAAACACACACAGACUGCCUUCCACACAACUUGGACAGGCAACAGCACAGCCUCCUACACCCCGGUGGGGCCCCCAACACAAAAUGGGCGUGGUCACCAACAACCUCCACUCCACCAUCCAAAUCACUUCUGGUCUCAGCAUCAUGGCUCUGCCUCGUUUCCUCCUCUGGUAUCUAAUCACCCAGCACACCUUGUUGUUGUCUUAGGGCCAGAGUUUUGGUGCUCCAUCUCUUACUUUGAGAUGGACGUCCAGGUGGGCGAAAUGUUCAAAGUCCCAGCCAGCUGUCCCGUGGUGACCGUCGAUGGCUAUGUGGACCCAUCGGGAGGCGAUCGGUUCUGUUUGGGCCAGCUGAGCAACGUUCACCGCACAGACGCAAGCGAGAGGGCCAGGUCUGAGCGAAUAUUGCACAUAGGUAAAGGAGUUCAGCUCGAAUGUCGUGGAGAGGGAGACGUGUGGAUGCGCUGUAUGAGCGACCAUGCUGUGUUCGUACAGAGUUACUACCUGGACAGAGAAGCGGGCCGGGCACCGGGGGACGCGGUUCACAAGAUCUACCCAGGAGCCUACAUAAAGGUGUUUGACCUCAGGCAGUGUCACAGGCAGAUGCAGCAGCAGGCAGCCACAGCCCAGGCAGCUGCAGCUGCUCAGGCUGCAGCCGUAGCUGGCAACAUCCCUGGGCCAGGCAGCGUCGGGGGAAUUGCGCCUGCAGUCAGUCUUUCUGCGGCAGCAGGAAUCGGUGUCGAUGAUCUCAGGAGGUUGUGUAUCCUGCGGUUGAGCUUCGUCAAGGGCUGGGGGCCAGACUACCCGCGGCAAAGCAUCAAGCACACUCCCUGCUGGGUGGAAGUCCACUUGCACCGUGCUCUGCAACUUCUGGAUGAAGUGUUGCACACCAUGCCUUUGUCUGACCCAGGGCCUGCCAACUGACUGCAAAAGAAAGAUGAGGACUAGUCCUUAAUGGGUUGGUUAUAUUACAUGAUAAACACACAAAUAUACGCAUACACUCUCCCCGUAUCACUGAGACCUGUAGGCAGUGAACUAGACCGAUUACACUAUUGCUUUUACAAUCAAAUAGAUGCUACUGACUACUCACAAACUCUCUGACAUGUCUGUGAAACCACUAACACACAAAAUAUGCCUGUUGGCAUGCACAUAAAAAGGUUCUAUUAUCUGCAUAAUUUCUAUGACUUGGAAUUGUUUCACUCAUACACAAAACACUACAACGAGAACUGGAUCAGUGAGUUCUACCCACGGAAAAUCUGAAUUUAUAUAUUACCAUAACUUAUAAUAUAUGUAAUGAGUAAAUGUCAGUUUGUCUUUCAAAUAUUUGAAUGCACUGUAGACAUCCAGGGAUGUGUUUCAGAAACCAAGUGUACCCUGUUAACACUGAGGUACUGUCCAAAUGUCAUCCCAGGGACCCUCUGGAGCCUUUAGAUAUCCACUGCUCACUCACACUUGCACCCUAGCAUCUCAAGAACACAAUGACCCGGUCACACCCAAACACAAAGACUCACACACAUACAAAAUUCUAAGUCAGUAUGUCAAGGUAGAUUCAAUGUAUUGCUGGCUAUCUAGACCAACGAAAAAGACAUGGCAACAAAGGGUACAGAACCAUCAUGAUUCAGAAUGUCUGAAUACACAAUUCUGGUGGAAGCAGCACCUGAAAUGGACCUUGACAGCCAAUGUUUUGGCAUUUCUGUGUUUGUAUUGUUGUUUUGCUGUGUGUGGAUGUAAACGCAACUAGUCAGUCAUUGUUAGCAUUGUUAAUCAGAGCGCCCUAAUAACACCAGGCACUAUUCUCAAGUUCAUUUAUUUUCUUACCAAAAGUCCAAAUAAUCUAAGCUUUAAAAUAGUGAUGUCUGUGUUUGUGAUGAAGCAGUAAUUGUAUGUAACUGAACAGUUUGCCAUAUGGUGAAACUCACCAAAGCCAGAUUACCUCAUGAUGACAGUGCAAACCCUCAGUUUAAUGUAUUUCAGCCAAAACCUCAGAUCCUUAGCACUCUCUCCCCUGGCAACGUACCCCACACAGCCUCACAUCAAGCUUUUGUUACGCCACCAAAAAAGAUAUGAGUCUGGAAAUGGAUUCACUUGAAGAACUCCAAGUCUGGAUCCAAACUGCAAUACUGUGGUUAUUCAGCUUUAUCAGUUGAAAAAUUUGAAAUGAAGCAGCAUUUGAUUUUUGGUGUUUGAUUAAAGCAACUUGCAUCUCCAAUCGUUUUUAUCACAAGGAAAAAGUUAGAUGGCUCAAAUGACAUCUGUUGUUUGGCAGUUUUGACUGUUUUGACUUUGCCCCAUAGGAAGGUUUUUAACAUAGUCAACUGGUGGUAAGCCAGAAAUACUUUUGAACAAAGCCGACUCCACAGACUGAAACAUGAGUGCUUGCUUAUAUUGACAGGUGAAGCAUUCCAUCUGGUACUCUUUUUCUACUUGUGCCUUUCUGUUCUUCAAAUCCGGCUUGUUAGCAUAGCUCCUCUCGCAGACUAGGUGGAUUCUGUCCUUGUGCAUGGUAAUUCUAAAGUUAUGAUUACAAUUAUUCCUUGAUUGCUAUUCCAAGCUACAUUGAAUGACUCUUCCCUGAAGAUCAAAAGGUCAUCUCUCCUCAUGUUUAGAAAUCUUAGCUGUGUUACCAUUUUUGUGGGUCCCAAUAUGUCAUUUUUUGGACAAUGUUAUUGUAUAUUUAGUAUUAAAGGUUGUUGACAGAAGAGAGGCAGAGUUGCAAGGUUUACAAAGUUGGCUUAGGUUUGAGAAAGAGAAGUAGAGAAGUAGUAAAUGUAAAUGAAGUAAGCCUUCAUAGUAAUUGUUGGCAUUUAAUUCAACAGCUUUAGUGAUCAAACCCACACCAUACUUAGACUAUCAGGAAUUUGUGCCUUUAGUUUUAGUAAACAUCAAACUAGGUCAGGGGUCUCCAACCCUAUUCCUGAAAGCUAUCUUCCUGUAUGUUUUCACUACAUCAAAAAUCUAGCACACCUGAUUCUAACAAUUAGCUGGUUGAUGUGUAGAAUCUGGUUAGCUAUAAAUGUGGUUUGUGCAAAAACCUACAAGCAUGAAGCUCUACAGGAACAGGGAUGGAGACCACUGAACUAGACGAUACACCUCACAAUGGACUGUAAAGCUAACUACACUUUGUCUUCCUUUGUCUAUAGAUAUACAGUAACUUCUUGGUUGAUCAUACGGGUGACAUUUACAUUUGUUGUUCAGUUGUGAAUGAGAGUGUGUUUGCUUAAAGAAAACUGGAAGUUGUCACAGAGCACUAAGUAUACACAUGCUGUUCAUGUUUAGUCUUUCCCCAGAUUUAUUUUUGAAGACUGACACCUAGUGGUGCUCUUGGGUACUGCUUAUGGUCCUAUUUAAUACUCGACAGUAAUGACCACAUCCCAAAAAUGUAUGCUAUUAAUACCUGUGUGGUCUUAUUGGCCAUACUAAGAUGUUGCGAUGGUGUCAAAUAUGAAUUUAAAAACGUAAUGCCCUUAGUCUUAAACUUAAUCUGUGCAUGCACUACACAAAUAUUAGAUUUACCUCAUUUCUUGUGAGCUUUAUUCAGGGAUGAAACAUGGAAUUAUGUCUUCUGGGGAUUUGAAAAAACAUCAGUAUGCAUGGUGAUCCCACUAUGCCCACCUACAUUUUCAAAAUAUUGUUCCCAUGUUUCAGUUAUUUUCUAUGUUUUUAUGUCAUCAAAUGAGUUCUGUCUCAAAAGGAAUUGGACUUUCAGCAUUGAAUUUUUGGCAGAAACUAUAUACAAAAUAUGUUAUUAAGUGUGAAUCAAUUUGGCUAUUUUAUGGCUAUAGUUAUUUCUAUUAUUGUUGUAAUUAUGGUUAUUUUAUUGUAAAAUCGACGUGCUGCUCUUGUAACGUUGACUGUACACCAAAGUGGAAUAAAAAAUACAGCAUUGUCAUUUUUAUAAAA